AUGAGCUCCGCGAUUGUGGCUCAAGCUCAGUCAUACCUUUCGGGGAUUCCGUUAGAAGUGAUAUCCCAAGGUGCCGAGGCUGUUGUCUUUCUGACAACAGUGCAUCCGUAUCUUUCAUCGUCCAUGCAUCCGUCAGACAUACAAAACUCAUCCAAGUACAUCAUUAAAUACAGGCCGCCAAAAGCAUAUAGACACGAGGUCCUGGACAAACAACUAACAAAAUCUCGCACAGCUGCGGAAGCUAGACUUCUUAGCAAACUGUAUAGCCUGGAGAUUCCAGCCCCAAAACUGAUUGCUCUUGACGCACCACAUGGCAUAAUAUGGAUGGAAUUUCUGGGCUUCGAACUUGCCAAUGGUCAUAUCAGCUCCUUGAAAAAUUGGUUAUGGUAUCUGGAGAAACGACAGGAGGAUAACUCUACUGCAACUAUUGCUUUGGCAGACUCUGUUAAGCAAGUCCUGAUCUUAGUUGGACAGGCCAUAGCAAAGCUUCAUUUGCAAAACAUAGUUCACGGAGACCUCACAAGCUCCAACAUACUGCUUGAGCAGAAGAUGGAAAAAUUGCAGCCCACACUCAUAGAUUUUGGGCUCUCGGCGUAUUCUCCCCUGGCAGAAGACAAGGCUGUGGAUCUUUACGUCCUAGAACGGGCAUUAACUUCCACUCAUCCAGUUUAUUCAAAAACGUACAACGAAUGGCUGCUUCAAGGUUACGAAGAAACAUACUGCAACAAACCAAACAACAAACGCAAAUACACAGAGGUAAGUAAACGUCUUGAGGAUGUUAGACUUAGAGGACGAAAGAGAUCGAUGCUUGGCUAG